CGGCAACCACGGGAUCUGACAGCAAUCCCUCGACGUUGUAAGCUAUCUCAGACUGCUGGACUGAGUCUGUCAGCGCCUCCAUGCGCCACGCGGCGCACAGGCUAAAUUUACAUAAUUUUGAUAAGCAUCCCAAAUUUAGAUUUUCUUCCAACGUACAGCAACCACCAUAGACGCCUCACAGAGUUGACAUUCAUCUGUGCCGACGACAUAUAAAUAAUCACAAGGACUAUUAACCGUUGUAAGAUAGGACGAUAAACAGAGCGUCCCACUCUAUCGACUGUCUUCACCCUCUCUCACUGUUUAUUACAGUAGUUACAACUCACCCCAUUCCCGUGGUAAGUACUACAUCAAUUGCUAGCACAGCCCCACCGGAAACCCUCAACCUCACCCCCCCAAUCCAACCCAAACAAACCUCAGAUGUCCCGCAUGGCCGACGAGAGAAGCUCUCCGAGAAAUGCCGGCCAUCCGCCGCCCCAACCCGCACAACCACACCUUCCACACUUCGUGGACCCGGCGGUGGUGGCGUUGUUUGGGCCAGGCGUGACCCAGUGGGCGCACUCAGAAGAUGCCUUUGUGCAGGCGCUAGCGUUAAAGACUGAGCAGGAAAAGACGAAGCAGGAGUUCUACCGCUUGGAGGUGACCAACCGCUCGCUCGAGCUCUUGCGCUCCGCCACUAACGCCAACAUCCCCUCGCACCUCAUCCCGCUUAUGUUUUCCGGUGGUAGCUUGGAAGGCCUGCAACCGCCACAGCCCCAGUUUCUGGUGCCCCAGUCCUUCCAGCAAAAGGGGAAACAGCCGUUCCGGCAUGACCGCAGCCAGACUAUUUCCACGCCCAGGGAGCUCUACAAUCCCUACAACGCCAACCCCACGCCACCCGCGGCAUAUCGCUUCGGGGGUGGACCGGCGCCCCCUAACCGCCCCCUCAGCCCGGCCAAGCUCGGUGCCAAAGCGGUAGCGUCGUUGUCGGGAGACAGACCGCUUCGCUCCGCCGCGAGUGCCAAGGUGCGCGUGGCGCAUCAUCGGAAUGCAUCCUUGCCGAACCCUUCUGCGGCAUCAGCCACCAUUCCUGAGGCUAGCACCGUGUCGUUCAGUCGUCCACCCGAGAUCAUCCCCACACAGGAGUCGAUGACUUCCUUGCAGCAUGUGAUCCAGUUCCACCACUGGCAGCCCGAACACCCCAAGGCGCCGGGCGACGAGAACGAGCGAAAGCGCCGCAAGUCGUCCUCCGACCAGUCGAAAGAUGACGAGGAAAGGCCAAUGUUGCCUCCUGCGCACAAGCGCACGCCCAGCGCGUCCGUGGCCAAACCCGCAGAGCAGUACAGCGGGGUGAACAUUUUGGCAGACGCGGCCAUGAACCUCAAACACGAACAGAGCGAGGAGAAGAAGGAGACUCCGACGUUCCCGAACAACAUCCUUUCGUCGCCGGUGUGAUUAAUAGAUAGGAGAAUGUAGCAGAAGGGCAAGCGAAGACGUAGUGAAUAUGAGUUUACGAGCGCAGCGAAGAAGCCAAGCCAAGUAGAAGUUUGCGAGCACAAGACGGGUAUAACAAAGUGUUCAUGGAGGGGAUAAGGAGGUGUGCGUGAAGGAGAGCUUAUGCGGUUUAGGCAAUUGCUGGGAAUUAAUGGUAGAGCUAGACUUUUUUUUUUGCUGCAUAUCGGGUAGUACUCCAAUGAUGAAUCAAAAUUACGACGAGGUAUAUGGUUUUUAGCUAAGCAAACUUUGAGAUUUGG